UAUUUAUAUUUUUUAAUGCGGCGUGAUCAGGACACAUGCACUGAGGGCUUCGACGGCACUGAUUCCAUCCUGGGCUCGCUGGUCUCCGGCGGGCUCCAGCUGAUCACGUCCCUCGUCGGCGAAGGCUUGUCCGAAAUCGCUGCAGCCGCAUCCGGCGGUGGCGGCGGCGGCGGCAACGGUCGAAAACUAGUGGAAGGAUUUCCGAAUUGGGUGACACCGGGGGCGCGGCGGAGAAUUCUCCAAUCUGCUAGUUCAGCGUUCGCGCCUGAUGCGGUGGUAGCGCAGGACGGGAGCGGGAACUACACGACCGUGACGGCGGCGGUGGAGGCGGCGCCGCUGGAGAGCGAGAAGAGGUACGUGAUCUACGUGAAGAAGGGGGUGUACAGAGAGAAUGUGGACGUGAAGAAGAAGAAGUGGAACUUAAUGCUGGUGGGCGAUGGCAUGGGGCAGACGGUCAUCACCGGCAGUCGCAAUUUCAUCGACGGCUGGACGACUUUCAGGAGCGCCACUGUCGCCGUAUCUGGCAAAGGCUUCAUUGCUCGCGACCUGACGAUCGAGAACACCGCAGGACCGACGAAGCACCAGGCGGUGGCGCUGCGGUCGGACUCGGACCUCUCAGCGUUCUACCGUUGCAGUUUCGAAGGCUAUCAGGACACUCUCUACGCGCACUCCCUGCGCCAAUUCUACCGCGACUGUCGGAUUUCUGGCACCGUCGACUUCAUCUUCGGCAAUGCUGCUGCCGUCUUCCAAAACUGCCAGAUCUUCGUGCGUCGACCCCUCCCGGAUCAGAAGAACUCCGUCACAGCCCACGGCCGUAAGGACCCGAACCAAAACACCGGAUUUGCCCUCCAAUUCUGCAACGUGUCAGCCGACUCGGACUUGUCUGCUACAUUCCUAGCGAAUGCGACGACGAACCAGACCUACACGUACUUGGGUCGACCGUGGAAGGAGUACUCGAGAACGGUAAUAAUGCAGUCGUACAUCGGUAACGUGAUCAGACCCGAAGGGUGGCUCGAAUGGAAUGGAACAUUCGGGCUCGACACGUUGUUUUAUGGCGAGUACAUGAACUUUGGACCAGGCUCAGGUUUGGGCGGCCGGGUCAAGUGGCCAGGUUACCACGCGAUGAACAGCUCGGCUCAGGCCGUCAACUUCACGGUGGCGCAGUUUAUCGACGGCAACUUGUGGUUACCCUCUACUGGUGUGAAGUACACAGCAGGUUUAAUGGUAUAAGAUGUUUAUGACUACAAAUGUUAGAAAAGAUGGUUAACUGUGAAGGUUUGUGAAAUUGGUUUUUCUUUUUUUUGUGUGUAUUCUUCACCAUAUAUAUUAUCCUGGUAAUUACAUGCCAAUUUUGGGUCCUUAUAAUGGUUCA